AUGGAGAUCUGCAGUUCUGACUCCAUCCACUACAUGGUGCCGCUGUCCCGACAAACAGACUUCUUCGUCCCAGAGGUGAAGGAGGAGCCCAGGGCCGAAGUGAAGGAGGAGGACUCCGACGAAGACCGAGGCACUGACAUCACAGGUGCAGAUUCACACAGUGACGUGAGCUCGGCGAGCGGUGGCGCCCCCUGGGACAGCAGAGAGACGUCGUUGGCCGCCUCCACCGCCGCCUCGCUGGCUUCGGCUCUGCCUCUGCCGGACCCCCAGCCCCUGGCCCAUCACCGGGGGUCCCGCGGUUCGAUUGGUAGCAGCGGGUCCUCCUUCGAAGAGCUGGACAUGGACCGGGAAGACCAGGAUGCAGGGACACUGGAGGAGGAAGUGCCAAAGAAGGAAGAAGAGGAGGAAGUGGACAUGCCAAAAAUGCAAGAGGAGGAAGUGGACAUGCCAAAUAAGGAAGAAGAGGAAGUGGACAUGCUGAGGCAGGGGGAGGGGUUUGAUGGGAAGGUUAUUGGAGCGGGGGAAGAGUGA